GCCCUCGCCCCUUUGGCCCUUUGGCCGAUUGGCCCUUCAGCCCUUCGACGCCAUGGACGCCACGGACGAAGCGGCGAAGCUGCAGAAGCUGAGCAUGAAGCUGGCGGAUCGGCUCCAUGGCGUGGAAGGCAACCCAACGGACCUCUUCUGUCGCUUCAUUGACGAGGAGAGGUGGCUGUCCAUGAGCGUGCUGCUGAUGGAUAAGAGCCUCCGUCGCACUUCCUUCCGGGACGCCCCGGACCUGCCAGACCACACCGGCCCUUUCAGCCGCGCGAACUGCGCGUAUCGCUAUCUCCUGCAAGCAGCCGAGGCCCAUGAGGAUAUCUCGGUGAAGCGUGUGCCGCCGCGGACGUUUCUGCGCUUGAACCCCAAGAAGAUGCCGGCGAUGGUGGAGCAGACCAUGGAGCGCUUGCAAGAUGUGAAGCCUGCGCCUGUAGUGAAGGUUGACCAUGGCAACAGAAACUGCAAGGGCGAGCUGGGGCAUGUGGUGUCCAAGAAGCUGGGCCGUCCCAUCGCCAAGGAGGACGUCAGGUACGAGACUUGGAAAACGGAGCAGGCGGUGGGCUACAUGGCCUCUUGCUUUCUCUGGGGCGAGACCUAUACGAGCAAGACGCCACAUAGUAGCAAGAAGGGCGCAGAGCAGGACGCAGCCGGCGUGGCCCUUGAGGCCAUCGAGGGCGAGUCCACGGAGUCCACAGACUUCAAGGGCCAGCUGCUGAGAUUCUUCCAGGGGCAGGCCAAGGAGGUGCACUUCGAUGUGCAGCGCGUGGACAAGGACUCGGAAGAGAAGAUGUUCCAAGCUACAGUGCGCGUGCCUUCAGAAGGUCAAAGUACCUUUACAGGCGCAGUGGUGUCCCGCAGCAACUUCGACUGCAGCGCCAAGACGAGGGCGGCUGCGGAGCAAGAUGCGGCCAAGAAGGCGCUCGAGGCCUUGCAGUGCCAGGAGAAGGUCGAAGAGCAGGAGGUUCAGAUCCUCUGGCUGCCGGCGGACUGCAGAGAGCUGGUGGUGCUCAAGAGUGCGCGGCUGAAGCGGAACGACCUCCACGCGGUGGCGGAAGAUCUGCUGGGCGCCGAGACGGUGUGCCACCCCUUGGCAUGGCUGGGCGAUCGCCCAAAGGGCAUUUGUCUCUACGAAGCUGUCGUAGAGACGGCCGAAGCGCGGGCCAACGCGCGAGCCAGUGCACUGGCCGAGGUGGAGAUCUUCGGGGACUCCUUCCUGAUGGACGCCAGCGCGCACUCCCGCGGCGCCGUGGUGGUGGACAUCAGCCUGCUGCGCUACGAGCAUCUCAAGGCCGAGAAGUGCCCCGCUUCCCGGGCGAGCCCGGUGCGCAUGCUGAGCCAAAGUCGCGGCAUGCUGCUCGGUCACCCCAAGCUGCCAGAGAAGUUUCAGGCAGAGACGUGGCUGGGGCAGAACCCCAAGAGUUUGUUGCUGGAGGUGGCAAGGAAGCGCGGCUACAACCAGCCGCACUUUGAAGUCUACCCCGAAACGGAGGAGAACAAGAGCUGGCGCGCGACGGUCCAGAUCUGCUCCGAGGAAGAGUCCAAGUUCGCAGAAGGCCUGGCCUUCGCCAACAAGAUGGACACGCAGCACGACGCGGCGCUGGCGAUGCUUCGCCAGUUGCAGGCGGAGGACGAGGCGGCGGGGGUGCGACACCAUCCACUUCGGGAAGGAUUUCUCGCCUGCCUGCGGCGCUUGGACAAAGGCGGCGCCGGUGCUGUGCAGGGCAGCAAAGUUCUUUGCCGCUACCAAAUCACAUUGGCCGGCAAAGCCUCUGACUCCGUGCUGCUGGUGGAGCGUCACGAGAAGCUGAGCUGCGUCCUGGGGAGCCGCGUUCUCCACCCCGCGCUGGAGGACUUACUUGGUGGGUUAGCUGUGGGCGAGGAGGCGACUGCGGAGACGGACUGCAGGUACGAGGGCAUUGACUGCACCAUGACCCUUUCGGUCCAGCUGCAGGAGUUGCAGCUGCCUGAGACACCUCUGGAUAUCCCCAAGAAGGUUGUGAAGUUCGAUCCUCCGCUCUCGAAGCAGCGCCAGAACUUCAUCGUCCAGGCGCUGAAGGGCCGGAAGUGCAGUUCUGCACUGGACCUGGGCUGCGGGGAUGGCCAGCUGCUGGAGGCGCUGCUGAGCAACGGCUUGGAGCGUGUCCUGGGCGUAGAGCUCUCAGAGAAGCGGGUGAAGGCGUGCCGCAAGCGCCUCAAGGACCGGGCGGAGGUCAUCUGCGCAGACUUCGUGCAAGUCGUGGAAGGAGUGCCACCAUGGAUGGCGUUUGCCGAAGGUGUCCAGGCUGUGGUGCUGUGCGAGGUUUUGGAGCAUUUGCCGGACGUGGCCAUGCCCAGAUUGCCCGCCGCCCUCUUCGCGCUGCAGCCGCAGGUGGUGGUGGUCACGAGCCCCAACGCGGACUUCGGAGAAAGCAGCGACGAGGAAGAGGCUGAGGCCAAGCCCCGGCAAUUCCGGCACUCAGACCAUGAGCGCGAGUGGAGCCGUCAGGAGUUCCGGAGCUGGGCAGAGGCAGCCUGUGACGCCCAUGGCUAUUGGAUCUCGGAGUUCGGCGGGGUGGGCCACCUCGAUGGCUUCGAGUCCCAAGGCCCUUGCACCCAGCUCUGCGUCUUCGAGCGCAGGGAUGAGGAGGCCAUCGCCGAUCCCAACUCUGAGGAGUCAGAGCACAGACUCAGCUUUGUGAUGGCAGAGCAGGUGGACGUGGAGCAGUUGAAGGCCGAGGCCUUGCGGAGUGAAGACCUGGGAGGCGGGCUCUGGAAAUACGUCCACCGCGAGGGCCUCGGCAACCUGCCGGCGCCACACGCCCGUGUGAACCUCCACUACGCCACGUUUUUGGGCGACGGCAAGCGCGUGGACACCAGCCGGGAGAAGAAGCGGAGCACGCCCUUCGCGUUCCAGCUGGGUGGUCAGCAGGCGCUGGCUGCCUGGCAGCUAGCCGCCGCCUCCAUGCGGCCCGGGGAGGUGGCGUGGGUUUACAGCCCAUCCUCUUUUGCCUAUGGUGAGAGAGGUGCUCCGCCGCUGGUGCCGGGGGAUGCGGCGGUGUACUUCGCGCUGGAGCUGAACUUUGCGCGGGCGCCGGGCACGGUGCGGUUCUUCGGGGACCUCACCGCGGCGCUGCAAGAGGCGGAGAAACACAUGGAGGUGGGGCGCGGGGACGUGAAGCGCCAGGCCUUUGCGCAGGCGCGCCAGGCCUUCCGCCGCGCCAUGGCGGCGGUGCCGGAGAAGCUGCUGCUGGGCCGGAGCCAGGAGGAAAUCUCCAGCUUCGCCGCUCUGGAGCGCGCAGCCUUGCUGAACCAGGCGCUGUGUUGCUUGCGCCUGGGGGAAGCUACCGAGAAGGCUGAGGCGCUGAGCCAUCUCCGCGACGCCUUGCACGCCUGCGACAGUCUCUUCCAACGCCACGGCGUCGGGGACGAGGUCGCCGAAAGCCUCGGGGCGCGCCCGGAGCUGCUGGCGGCGCUGCGGGAGGCGAGCCUCGCGGAGGGUGGCACCUGGAUGGCAAAGGCUCACUUUCGACGAGGCAUGGCCAAAGAGAAGUUGCAAUACCUGGCGGACGCGCUUGUGGACUACCAGGCAGCUCUGAAGCUGGAGCCGGGAGACGGCAUGGUGCAGAGGCAUCUCGCCAGCCUCAAAGCGCGGCAGCAGAAGGCUGAGCUGAAGCCGGAGCGGAUGUUUGCGGGCAUCCUGCAGAGGGAGCGGAGCGAGCGGGAGAAGGAGGAGGCUGCUGCUGAGCUGGCGGAGAAGAAGCGGCGCCGCGAGCAGCGGCUGGCGAAAAGCGGACAGUCAGAGGUGCAAAGCGGCUGAUGCCCCCGACAUCACCUCAGCCCCCCGCGGAGACCUCGCUCCGGAAGGAUCGCGCAGGUGCAGAAGGUCGAGUUUGGCGGAGGAGUUUGGCGCGGGAGUCUGAAGCGCGCAGCCGGGGGAGCGGAGCCGGGUACAAAGAAGUCGCGGGAAGGUGCCUCGGCCUC